AGAAACCUGAUAACACGACUGUCAUCAUCAUUGCCGCAGUGGUUGUUCUCGCUCUCGCCGUCAUUGUUGUGAUUGGAGCCGUCAUCUAUAAAAAGAAAAAUGCCAAACGCCCUCCAUCUCCUAUAAGCAACCCUGAGGUCAUGGAGGAACUGAACCCAAAAGCCUAAACAACAAAAACACCAUCUGAACACAGUUUAUGGAUUCAUUUUGCACUCGAACGAGGAGCGGUCCCUCCACAUUCUCCUCCGUAAACUGGGAAUUCAUUGAUAAUUCAUCCACAUACAAUAAACUGAUCAGGGUUGGAAAUCUAGUAGUAGAUGCUUAUUAAUUGGAAUACAAAGAACACAAAUUUGAUAAAUUAGUUUACAAACAUUUUACAUUACAAAUAUAAACAUAAAUGGCGACAUUAAAUUAUGAAAUGUUGGUCAAUCAAAUGAGGAUCAAUCAUAUUUUGCUCUUAACUGUAAAGAAGUAAAACAAGAUAUUUAAAAAAAAAUGAAUGAAAGCAUCACAGCACUUUCUAUACGUAGAUUUGUGUGUUAAUCUUAAACAAAUCCACCAUAGUUAUAGUUUAAUACUUCUGGUGUUGGGGUUUUCUGGUAAAAUCAAUAUCUGUAAUAGAAAUGUAAAUAUACAUAUACACAUACACAAACACACACACACACACACACA